CUUGCGGACCUGUGAGGAGGUAGGGCUUCAUCAUGAGACUAUCGUUACUUCUUGUACUUGUGGUGUUCAGCGUCGGGGCGUUUUGUGGCUCCAAUAGAAGACAGUCCAGUAAUCAUGGAAGUUCUUGCAACUGUGGCUGUAAUGGAGGGAGCGGCACUGGCGGCAGUGGUACUGGUGUGACGAAAGGUGGACAAUACGGUGGAGGAAACACUGGAGGAACCAAAGGCAAUGGAGGUGGCAACUACAAUAACGGGGGUCAGAACAAUAAUGGAGGGAGACCCGGUACCAACAGUGGACGAAGACCUGGAACCAACAAUGGCGGCUACCCAAAUGGCGGUAAUGGUGGAAGUAGACCCGGUACCAACAAUGGCCGAAGACCCAGUACCUCAGGAAAUGGAGGUGGCGACUACAACAGCGGUGGUCAAACGAACAAUGGAUACCCAAGUGGUGGCAAUGGCGGAAGUCCCGGCUCCAACAAUGGUGGAUACCCAAGUGGUGGCAAUGGAGGAAGUCCCGGCUCCAACAAUGGUGGAAGUCCCGGCUCCAGCAAUGGCGGCUACCCAAAUGGCGGUAAUGGUGGAAGAAGACCCGGUACCAACACUGGCGGAACAAGACCCGGUACCAACAAUGGUGGAUACCCAAGUGGUGGCAAUGGCGGAAGUCCCGGCUCCAACAAUGGCGGCUACCCAAAUGGCGGUAAUGGUGGAAGUAGACCCGGUACGAACAAUGGCGGAGGAAGUCCUGGUACCAACAAUGGCGGAGGAAGACCCGGUACCAACAAUGGUGGAAGUCCCGGCUCCAACAAUGGCGGUUACCCAAAUGGCGGUAAUGGCGGAGGAAGACCCGGUCCCAACAAUGGCGGAAGUCCCGGCUCCAACAAUGGCGGCUACCCAAGUGGUGGCAAUGGCGGAAGUCCCGGCUCCAACAAUGGUGGAUACCCAAGUGGUGGCAAUGGCGGAAGUCCCGGCUCCAACAAUGGCGGCUACCCAAAUGGCGGUAAUGGUGGAAGUAGACCCGGUACCAACAAUGGUGGAAAAGACCCGGUUCCAACAAUGGUGGAUACCCAAGUGGUGGCAAUGGCGGAAGUCCCGGAUCCAACAAUGGCGGCUACCCAAAUGGCGGUAAUGGUGGAAGUAGACCCGGUACCAACAAUGGUGGAAGUGGACCCGGUACCAACAAUGGCGGAAGAAGACCCGGUUCCAACAAUGGCGGAAGAAGACCCGGUUCCAACAAUGGCGGAAGUGGACCCGGUACCAACAGUGGCGGAAGAAGACCCGGUUCCAACAAUGGUGGAAGUGGACCCGGUACCAACAAUGGCGGAAGAAGACCCGGUUCCAACAAUGGCGGAGGAAGACCCGGUACCAACAGUGGCGGAGGAAGACCCGGUACCAACAAUGGUGGAAGUCCCGGCUCCAACAAUGGUGGUACUCCAGGAAGAGUUGGGACAAACGACAACAUUGACAUUGGUAAGCUGA